CUGAAAAUGAAGAGGUAUUUAAGAACCACAGUCCCUCAGUACACUGCUAUUAUAAAACCUCCGCAAAAACCCUAACACCCUUAUCUCCUACUCUCGCUCUAGGGUUUAUCUCAGAGCCCCAAUCCUUUUCGCGAUCAACCAUGGCGACCCAUUUCUUCUCUCGCUCUCUUCCCAAAACCCUAGCCAUGAGCUCCUUCCUCUCUCGCUCUCUAUCCACGGCCACCUCCGCUGCUUUCCUAUCCACCGCCCAAUCUCGCUCUUCUCUCUCUCUGUUCCACCGCCUUCGUCCCCUCGCUGGAUUCGUCGCCUCCGCCGGUAAGCUCUCUCCUGCGUCCGUCGGGUGCUUCUCGACCAACUCGACGACGUCGUCGCUUAGAGAUCCAAACCCUAACUGGUCGAACCGGCCUCCCAAGGAGACGAUCCUCCUCGAUGGGUGUGACUUUGAGCACUGGCUGGUCGUCAUGGAUCCGCCUGAGGGUGAUAUCACCAGGGAUGAGAUCAUCGAUAGCUACAUCAAGACCCUAGCUGCGGUCGUCGGAAGUGAGGAAGAAGCAAGGAUGAAGAUCUACUCAGUUUCAACUAGGUGCUAUUAUGCAUUUGGGGCACUUGUGUCUGAAGAGACUUCGUACAAAAUCAAAGAAUUGCCUAAAGUCCGGUGGGUACUUCCUGAUUCUUACUUGGAUGUUAAGAACAAAGAUUAUGGAGGCGAACCUUUUAUUAAUGGUGAAGCAGUACCAUAUGAUCCCAAGUACCAUGAGGAAUGGAUAAGAAACAAUAGCCGAGCAAACGAGAGAAACAGACGCAAUGACAGACCUCGAAAUUAUGACAGAUCAAGGAACUUUGAUAGGAGGAGGGAAAAUAUGCAGAACCGAGAUUUUCAGAACAGGGGUCAGCCUCCUAUGCCUAAUCAAGCUGGGCAAAAUCCUGGGCCUAACAUGCCUGGACCUGCCAACAACAUGAGGACUCCCAACAAUAUGGGCCCCCCGCCCCCCAACACGGGUCCAAUGCCUCCCCACAACAUGGGUCCAAACUACAGUAAUGUGCAGCAGCCAAACAACUGGAGUGGUGGCCAGCCCAACAACAAUAGCAAUCAGAUGCCUCAUAAUUAUAAUCAGAUGCCGCCGCCACCGCCUAACUACAAUCAGAUGCCCCCCAACAACAUGGGAGGUGUGCCACCAAACAACAUGAGAGGGAUGCCACCAAACAACAUGGGAGGAGUGCCCCCACCACCAAAUAACAUGGGAGGUCCACCGCCUAAUGCAGGAUGGGGGAGUCCUGGGCAAUACCAAGAUAACUACACACCAGGCAGGGACGAUGGAGGCAUCCCCGGUACAAACCGUUACUGAGCUUGAGGCUACGUCACCAUGAGUCUUGUAGGCAUGCUGUAGAUAAGCAAGGAGGCUGCUCGAGAUGGGCUGUAGGUUUUUCAUGUCACCGGUCUGGAAUGAUAUUUUGUUUGACUUAUUGCUGGGUGCGAACCUGGUUGCCUUUUUAUCUGAAUAUGAUUACACUUUCAGGGUCGAAUCUGAUUGGAUUAAUCGUAUCUUUGCUUUGCUACUUGGUACUGGUCAGGUCAUGUCAUGUCAUGUCAUGUAGUGCACAUAUUUGCAGAAAGCAGAAGACUGUUUAAUGAAACCACUAUGAUAGGGCAAUGCGCUCUUAUUUUUCAUC